GCAUCCGGAUGUUAUGUCGUCCAACAAAAAUGGCGGUGUAAAUACUGUUUCAAAUCAGGUUUCGAAUGAGAGAAAAUUAAUGCAGAACUAUCAACGUUUAAUUCCUAUCUGUACUCAUGGCUGGUUUACCUCCGGGAGACCCACAGCUGGUCUCUAUGAUCGUUAAUCACUUAAAAACUCAAGGUCUUUUUGAUCAGUUCAGGAGAGACUGCUUAGCCGACGUAGAUACAAAGCCUGCUUAUUUGAACCUGAGACAACGCGUGGACAACUUUGUAUCAAAUCACCUCUCGAACCACACAUGGAGUCCUCAUCUAAACAAGAACCAACUGCGAAACAACAUCAGACAAUUAGUACUGCAGUCUGGAAUGCUCGAACAGGGAGUGGAUAGGAUUGUGGCUCAAGUGGUGGAUCCAAAAAUCCACCACAUUUUCAGGCCACAGGUCGAAAAGGUGGUCCGAGAGUUUUUAUCCCCAGGAAGCCAUGAAGAGGAACCCUCUGCAUAUUACCCUCCAGGGGAAGAGCGACAAGCCUUCCACCUUCCACCAUCAGCUAUGAUGUCUGCACCGGGCACUAGUACAAAUGCCAUGUCUAUCCUGGACACCAUCAGCUCCCUGAACCAGGAGGCAAGUAUCCGUGCUGGCGGGGAGAGGGGACUGAAGGCGACAGCAGAGGACCUGGCGGCAGAGGAGGCUGUGCUUAGGGCUGCGGAGGAUGCAGCGUUUAAGGCCGCAGAGGAGGCCAUGCUGAAUGGCAGCACCGGGGAACAAGACAUGAGCCUCGUGGAGGAGGACGAGGAGGCCGAAGCGGCGGAGAAGCAGCCUGAAGAGGGCGAGAAGGCAGCGGAUAUGUCCAGCACCGAGAUAAAGAUGGAGGAUGUGAGCGAAGAGAUGGACAUAGACGGAGAGUCGGAGGGCGAGGACGUGAAUGGGGAAGAGGAGGUGAAAGGAGAGCAGGUUGAAGAGGAAAAGGAUGUUAAAGAGGAGGAGGGCAAGGACAAAAAUAUGAGCAAAUCACCUGCUCAGACUGCAGAGGAGGCUCUGAGCAAGGAGCAAGACCCUAGCAAGACCAUUAAUGAGAAACAGCGCAUCCGACAGAAAGCCAGAGAAAGACUUAAAGAAGAAUAUUCUCUGGAGGAUUCCGAUCUGGAGGGCCUGAGUGACAUCACAGUGAGCUCUGUCCACACCAGUGACCUUUCUUCAUUUGAGGGCGAGAGUGAUGAUGAGCCACAACCGUCCGAUUCUACCGAGGAGGGCGAGAUCACAUCAGAAGAUGAGAAGGUAGAGAAUAAAGAGAAAGACGACACUGAAGACGGCGAGGAGAACAAGGAGCGCAAGCCUGGGGCCCGUCGCCAGGGCUACGUGCACAAACCCUUCCUCUACUCUCGUUACUAUAGCGACUCCGAUGAUGAGGUCACUGUUGAGCAACGUCGGCGGUCUGCAGCCAAAGACAAAGAAGAGAGGCUGCUGAAACGACAGCAGAACCGUGAACGCUUAGAGGAGAAGAGGAGGAGUAAACAGUCUCAGAUGGAGGAGCCAGAUGAAAGGAAGGCAGUGGAUGACACACCGAGACCCAGGGCCAAAGAGGCUUGCAAGGAGAAGAAAGUGCUGGAGAAGAAAGUGGCCCUCAGCCGGAAACGAAAGAGAGACUCAAGGAAGGAGGGUGAUGCUGGACACAAAAAGAAGGGGGACACAGAAGGGGAUGCCAUGAGAAGAGAUGACUCUCAGAAGGCGGGCAUCUCAAAGAGCCUGUCCUCAAAGUCCAUGAGGAAGACCUCUGAGUCGUCUGUGUUGGAGGAGGUCCACAGGAGGAAGAGCGUUAGUGUCUCAGAGGAACCCAGUGAGCCCAGGAAAGUGGUGGACAAAAACCGAACACAUUCCUUCAUUCUGGACCUGGAGCAGGGGUCCGAGGAGCUGCUCCGACAGAGGACCUCGGGCAAGUUUGACCGGCAUUCGCGCAAAGACCAGCACCUCAAGGACCGCAAAGAAAAGGAAAGGGACCGUAGCAUGUCCGACGAAUCCGCCAAACUCAAGCAGAAGGCCGAGAAGAAAGCAGAGAUGCACGGUGACGAGAGCUCACAGAAGGAGGGGGCCGAGGUGAAGGCCACCGCUGAGGACAAAGGGGAAAAGAAGAGCUCAAAAUUGAAGGUGGAAAAGAAGACUUUGUCUGUUGGCAGGGAGGCGAGGUCCUCUGUGUCCGAGGGGUCCGCGGUCGAGGAAGGGCACAGAGACUCCGGGCCAAAGAAAACUAAAGCCUCAAUGACGGAGGCCCUGAAAGACAAAGAGAAGGACAAAGAAAGGACCAAAGGAGAGAAGGCGGCUGGUAAAAGCGAUCCCCGACAGCCUCUUUCUCAUCCCGAUUCCACGGGAUCCUCGGAGGAGAGGUCGGAUCUGGAGCAGGGGUCGGAGGGGAACAGGAAGAAGGACAAGCUCAUAAAGGAGGUGCUCAAGCGAUCCAAGAGUUUGUCCGAGGUGAAACACGCCGAGAAGCACAGGUCCAGGCACGACAGCAAAGACUCGGACAAGGACAAGGUAAAAGGAGCUUACAGCUCGCCCGAACGACCGCAUCUGUCCAAGUCCAUCUCUGAGAGUGAUGGAGAAGCUCGGCGCGGCAGAGAUGUGGAGCCUGGGUCAAAGGGGAAGAUGUCCGAGAAGUCAAGGUCCAAGUCGAGAGAGGAGCCGAAAUCUCCGAUACUGUUCAAACCGGACAAGAAAGUUUCCAGUCAAGAUGCUAAGAGCAAAGGCGCUGCUUCAGCCAGUAAAGCGGACUCAACGAAGGAGAAAAAGAAAGAUGGGAGCUCAAAAGAGGAGAAGAAACCCUCUGAGGAAUAUUCCUCUGACAAGUCACAGGAGACCAAGGGCACGAGGAAGGCGAGCGAGAAGAAGGCCAAAGAUCCCGAGAAGAAGGGAGAAGCCCAAGGAGAGAGAAGAGGCAUAUCGAUGGCUUCCCCUCUUUCGCCAACCACUCCUGAGGCCCCCGUUGCAGAGACGGUCUCUCAGCCCAAAGAGUCGAGUCUGGAGGCAGCGCCCGUUGCGGCUGCAGAUCAUCACACAGCCGUCGUUUCUGUCGAUGUUUCUGAUGAUGCUUUUGAUGCCCUGAGUGACAUCACCCCAGAGCCCAAAGGGGAGGAUCUAGCUGCGCGGCUGGCCGAAUGUGAGGAGCAGCAGGAGGAGGUGAAGGAAGAGCCCAGGCCACUGCCGGCCGAGGCCGACGCCCUGCUGAGCCUGAUGGAGGUGUGCAGCUCGGCGGAGAGAAGGGUUGUGACGGAAACGGAGCCGAUACAGGAAGUGAUCCCGAGUGCAGGCCUGUCGCUGCAGGACGCGGACAUGAAGAUGAAGGAAGCAGCCCUCACCCUGCUCUCCAUGGACCCUGACAUGACGCUGUCGCCCAGUUUGAUUGACAGUCACAUGGUCUCCGUCGCCACGGAAGCAGUCACUCCUGCUGAAGAAGAAGUCACGCCUUCCCUUGAGUCGGCUGCUGAGGAGUCAGUAGUGGAUACCUCUGGAGGUGUUCAGGGAGCUGAAAGUGUCCAACCAUCACAGGAAACGCCUGCAGACCAACACACUCCUGGUGAAGAUGUUUCUGACAGUGCAGCAGCCCUGGUGGAGUCUCCUGUAGUAACUCAAGAAGAGGUCAUGCUGAAAGAUGCCCCAGCUGAGAAGUCCAGCGAGGAAGAAAAGCCUUGUGCUGCUACAGUGUCCACUGAACCCACAAAUGUUACCUCACCAUCUCAGAACAUGGAGGUAGAUAAUUUGGCUGAUCAGAAGGACCAAGAGUCCCAGGCUCCCUCAGUUGAUGUGAAAAAAGAGGAAACCAAAUUAAGAGGUAGAGGCAGAAGGGUGUCCAGCCAGACCUUGGCCUCUCCGUCGGAGACCGGCUCAACCUCUACUGUGUCUGACGUUACUGAAGUUAGCCAGCCAGAGGCGAGUGAGACUGAAGGACCCUCCAGCUGUAAAGAAGGAGAGGUUCCUCGUGUGUCUGCAGUGACCGAGACUGAAGAAGACCGGACACUAGAUGACACCUCUAAACAGGAGGAAGCUUUACAGGACACAAGGAUGCGAGAUGACACCUCUAAACAGGAGGAAGCUUUACAGGACACAAGUGUCGCACCCGAUGAAACUCCUCAACAAGAGAAAGAACCAGAAGCUGAAAUACCUGAGAAAGUGGAGGUGACGAGAGGAACUCGGAGAGGUCGUCAGGCCAGACUAGUCAAGCAGUCCAGCAGUGCCUCUCAGUCGGACGGUCAAGAGGAGGAGAGGGGAUCGGAUGUGUCAGAGAUGGAUGAAAAAUCCGAGGGCAGAGUGACCCGCAGAGGAAGAAGAAGUGCGGUGGCAGCAGCCAAGGACACCAGUAAAGCCAAGGCAGAGAAGGAGGUCACCACUGACCAGAGCUCUGAGCAACAGGUGGAGGACGCGGAGAGUGAGAAGGCCACCGAGCCUGAAGCUCCGCGCCGGGGACGCUCCUCUAAGGCCGCUGCCCAGUCCCCAGAGAGCCAGCAGGAGGAGCAAGGAGGAGAGGAGGGGCAGAAGGAGACUGAGAAGGUUGAGGAGCCAACUGUGCGCAGAGGCAGGCGCUCGGGAGCCCAGGCGAAAGAAGUUGCCGCAGGAAGGCCUGGUGGUCUGAAGAGGAAAAGGUCUGAAGAAACAGAGGAUUCUGGAGAGGAGGUGCCUGCUGAGGAGAAGAGUUCAGAAGGAACAGAGUCGUCCUCAGGCCAGGCCCCCCAGGAGAGCACUGCAUUGAGUCAGUCUGAAGAGCCCGAGGAGGAGAAGCAGGAGAGCUCGGCAGAAAUGAAAUCUGAUAAUGGAGAGGAGUCCGACAAGCCCCAGAAGAAGACCCCUCGUAGGGGAAGGCCACCCAAAGCAGCAGCAGCAGCAGCAGCAGCAGCAGCAAGCGUCGACUCCACGGAAGACGCGGGUGCUCAAUGCAACAAACCAACGCCAACGCCGGACAAAAAAGCCAAGAAGGGGGAGGAGCAGGAGGGAGAGCAGAAAGAGGAGGAUGAAGAAGAAGAGGAAGAUGGAGGAGGAGAAGAGGAGGCAGAGGCCAAGCCCAGAGCCACGCGCUCUGCAGCCCGUCUGGAGGCGGAGAAGAAUAAGCCCAGUAAGCCCUCCACUCGAGCUCUGAGCAAGGUGAAGGAGGAUAGCACCCCCAACACACGUGGCGCGAAAGGGCAGACAACGGCAGCAGCCAAGGGUGGACGCAAACGGGAAGCCAGUCCUCCAGCUCCACGCACCCGAGGAGCACAGAAACCAGAGGAGCCCCCUGCCAAACGCACCAAGAGAUGAAGUGACCUGUGCCAAGCUACAGUAGAGCCAAGGACCCAUACACCUGCACAUGUCCUCUGAAGACAUACAUUAAUUGCUUUUUUAAAAAAAUCAUUCACCUUUUGUAAAUAGUUAUUUUUUAUUAGAUACUUACCCCUGUGAAUGAUCCGCAGGCCUGUAUGGAAGAGGAGAAUGAAAGCAGCGUUCCAUGGUUAGACUAGGCUUGCACUAACAGCAGUUAAAUGUACUCCUGCCUCGUUAUAGUUCCUGUCAAAACAGUUCCCCAGGACUGAGGCUGACCCUGAUGUGACCCUGAUAGAGGCAUAUCUUCAUCAGAGUGGGGAGAGAGAAUCACACCAAGUGCCAUGAGCCAGACAGGAGUCUCACUCUGCUUAUUGGGAAUUACUGUGUUGAAGUGUUUUUAGUGUCAUCAAUCCAAGACAGGACAUGGCAACUACGGCGCGUGUGAUGCCGCAUUCUUUGGUAAUCCUAACAAUGUAGUGAAGAUCUUGUAAUAUACAGAGCAAGUCUUAACAAAAAAAACUACCAUGUCUGUUUUGACUAGUGUUCCGAGAAAAGAAAACAAUCAAUUUUUCUUCCAAGUGCUUUUAAAAUGUUCUUUUUAUCCAUUAUUCCAUCUUGUCAUGUUUGACUUGCAUAUAUUCAUUCUGUGAAUGUAAAAAAAGAAUGUAAGCUUUUUCCUUCCGUGUAAAGUUUAGAUGUACGAUUCUGUGGGUGUUGUUUGGUUUGCGUUUCUGUACGUAUUUGAAUGGUUUCUGUACGUAUUUAAAUGGUUUUUGUAUUUGAACUUCAGCAUUGCUGUACACAGGUGCUGCUGCUCCACAUCAGUGUUCUUCACAAUAAAAUCCCCUGUUUGUA